GGGGGGGAGUACGGGAGGAUGUAUAUGAUAGAGAUGUCACCUUGACCAGCGUGGCCACAGGAGAGACACGUCUAAGGUGGUACCACUCUUGUCCACGACGCAGGCGCGGUGGCGGGAUGGGCCGAAGGCCACUGGACGGCACCGUACCUUUCGCAGUCGAAACGACGAGUUCAAGCGCAGCCUGGCGGUUGAAAGCGUGUGGCAUGUUCUUUAAGUGUUGAAUAAUGCCGCCAUGACUGGUCGGUCCAGCGAUGCCGCGGGAGAGGCGCGUCUAAGAAGGUAUCUCCAUCAGCUGGACCGAACAUGCCAAUUCAAAUAUCAAAUUCAAUCCCCGACUGUGGUUGAUCAAGCUCAGCACGAGCAGGACCCCACUGCGGGCGACGGCCAGGCCUACAAAGAGGACAAGAAACAGCGCAGCGCGCUUUGGGCUUGGAGAGGGAGGGUGGCGUCACAGACGACGAAGGGAGAGGGGAAGAGAAGGCAAUCGAGUGAGGGCCAAGCCCUGACGGCGGCGACGCGCAGGGCGCGCACCUGGAACACUCCACGCAGAGCGGCCCAGAAGGCAUUCAGCGCUCCUGGGACAUCGACUGCCCAGGCAUAGGCAUGUACAAAUUCCACCCUCGGACGAACUGGGCGGUGCGAGUCCACUCUUUGGAUCUCUCCGCCCUCUUCGGCGACUCCGAAGGGUGUGGUUUGCAACGUGUGUGGCUUGCAACCGGCACCGUGGGGGGCGGGCGAGGACCUCGACAGAGCUCUCCGCCGCGCCCCGAGAAGGCUAGACGAAGACAGUGUCGUGACCCCAGGCCCCAACGGUGCCAAACCCAAACCGCACCCCAGCGUAACCAGACCCUUUGUCGUCUUAGGUCGGGCGUGUCCUCCUACAGGCAGAUUUU